CGAGACGGGGGCAUCUAGCUUCAUGCCGCGGCAGAAUGCUAGGUAGCCCAAUGUGCCACUGAACGCGGGAGAUAAUCAGAAUUUUGGAAACCCGUCGGAGAAUGUCAUGCCUGCUUUCAUGACUCGGUUCCUACAGCAGAUGGCCAAUGCGCCGAUGUUUCAGCAGCCUCAGCCGCCACAGCGACACAUCACCUUCAAAACUCUGAAGAAUAACGGAGCGGAGGAGUUCCUUGGCAAUAUAGUGGACGAACUCCAAGUGGCUCUUGAUUGGAUUGAGCAGGUGGCUAGGGUGCUCAAUGACCUGAAUGUACCGGUUGCAGAUCAUCCAAAGUUGGCAUCUCAGUUACUCCGCAAGGGAGCAUACGAGUGGUGGAAAUGCACUGACAGUGAGUCGCAGACGCCAAAGCCUUGGACAUUGGCAUACUUUGACUGGGCUUUCAAGAAGGAAUACAUCCCAGCUCGUUUCCGAGAGGAGAAGCGGAUUAAAGAGUUCAGGAAGAGGUUGCGCCCUGACGUGCGACCUUAUGUUUCUACCGUGGUCACCAUUGACUUCUCAGUGGCGUAUGAUCUGAUGGCUAAGGCGGAGAAAGCCGUGGACGACCUGAAGGCAAGCAUGGGUGCUGAAGGGAUAGUUUCUAGCCAGCAACCCACUACCAGGACGGAGCCAAGCGAGAAGAGAUCCUUUGGAGGUACUAAGGGUACCCAAAACUUCAAGAAGACCAAGUCCGCACCGGCUCAGUCACAGGCGGCAAGCAAUAGAAGCAAGCCUUCCAGGCAUCCGGUGUGCAACCUCUGUGGAAGAAAUCACCCUGGUGAAUGCUGGUUCACGUUGGGCUUAUGCUUGGGAUGCGGGAAGGAAGGACGCUUCCGCAAGGAUUGCCCAACUAACCCCGGGCGUGCCUUCCCCAUAGCAGAGAGGGGCUAUUUGGAAUACACCAUGAUAGUAUCUAAUUCGUUAGGGCAUAGCAUACGACUCCAUCAUUUGUACCGCAACUGUCCGUUGGCGGCCCACGGACACCGGUUGUCCGUGAAUCUGAUCGAGCUACCAUACAAGGAAUUCGAUAUUAUCCUUAGUAUGGAUUGGUUAACCGAGCGUCAAGCGAUAAUCGACUGUGGUUUGCGCACUGUACGACUGAAGACUGACGAUGAGAACGGCAUAAACCAAGGCCCCCUCUCAUCCAUCGGCUCGUCCACUCUAUCGAUUGCAAGAGUUCCGGCAAACAAGAGCCACCGGCCCACCGCUGCAAUUCCCGAAUUCCAGACGGCGGUUCCUCUGCGAGUCUGCACCACAGUAGCUGCCACCCGACGGUAGUCCCUCUGCCGUAGCCCCACCUGCCGAAGCCCGUAACAUGAAUGUUGAAUAAGGAAGUAGUUCUAGAAGGCAGCGAGGGCAGAGAGGUGGAUGGGUGCUGGCUGGAGGAGUUAUCUAGUUUAAUUAUUGCAUUUAAAUUUAUUAUGCUUUUAAGGGCAAGAACCCAAGUUGUAUUUUGAUUUAACUAUUAAAGGCUUCUGCACCGU